AUGGACCUUUUGGUUAAUCUUCGUAGUAGAAUGUCUGGAUUGUUUGAGGGGAGUGAUGGGUCCCCCAAACAGGAAGAGCCUCUUUCUCUACUCCACGCGGCAGUUGAUGCGGAAGAUGUGGACCAGGUGUGCCAAUUGGCUGCCACUGCGGACCCUCUCGAUCUGACUGCGGCUCUAUGUCGAUCUUGCCAAUGUGGUAAAAUAACCAGCACACAGGCUCUGCUUGAGACCGGGCGGUGUGAUGUCAACGCGGCCGUUGAUGGGGACACGCUUUUAUUCCUGGCCGCAAAAAAGGUUCAGUUGGAAAUAGUCAGACUCCUGCUCCAGCAUGGGGCCGAUGUCACGAUCAGAUCGAAGAAUAAGCGGCCACGAGCCAAGCUCCCAGCCUUUACGCCCCUCCACGGAGUGGUGGACAGUCUGUAUCCCUACCAAAAGCUGGAAAACCUGCCCCGCUACGAAGAGCUGAUGCAGAUGCUGCUGGAUGCUGGGUGCGACAUCAACGCACAGGAUACCCACGGAAAUACCGCACUGCUGCUUUCCGUCCACAAGGAGAUCGCGUUGGUUCCGUUUCUCCUGGAACAUGGCGCGGACCCGAACAUCGCAGAGGACCGAGGGGGGACAGCUAUGCAUUUUUUCCACCAUCCCUUGGACCACCCAGAAUGGUUCAAGGGAUUGAUGGCAAAGGGAGCCCACCUGGAUAUUGUUCGAGAUGCAGAUGGUCAUACCCCGUUGCAUGCCUACGCUUCUAAAUGGCAACUUGGUGAUCUCUCACUGUUCCAGCCAUUUGUGUCGGAUUGGUCGAUCACUGACGGUAAUGGCGACACACUUCUUCAUAUCGCCACUGCGAAGCAUCGUCGCGGGAGCAACACUAUAGUGGAACUGCUGAAGCUUGGAAUUGACCCCAAUCAGAGGAACCACAAGGGGGAACAGCCUAUUCACAAGGUAGAGGGACCCGAAGAAGAUGUCCAGGAUACAUUGGACAUCCUUUGCGCAGCCGGUGCAGAUCUUGAGGCUAGAAACUAUGACGGAUGCACGCUUCUCACCAAGACCAUGUACGGCACGCAGGGGUGUAAUCGCCGCGAACUUCUUCCCUACCUCAUUAGUCGCGGAGCCAAUAUCAACGCACAGGAUUAUAAAGGUAACGGCGUACUAUCUUAUUUAAUCAAACCGUAUCAUUUUCGAUCGGAGCACUUAGAAUUUCUCCUGUCCCUUGGAGCAGAUCCAAAAAUGUCGAAUUACGAAGGAGACACAUUGCUGCAUCAUCUCGCAGCCAAUUUUGCUACAAUUGACCAAGAUACGGCUCUUUUGGCCAUGAUUCAACUUAUCAAAAUGGGGGUCUCCUCGACCACGCCCAAUUUCCGAGGUCGGACGCCUCUGCACAUGCUAUGCAGCCAGUCUUCAGACAAUUUGUUUGCGGCAACCGCACAGGGAGGCAAGUGUGCUAUCGACUUACUCCUAGAUGCAGGUCUUGGCGUCGCUUUAAACAUGAGUGAUCACCAGGGAAUACGACCGAUCCACCUUGCGACUACGGUUUCUGAACACCUGGUCGGCAAAUUACUCGCUCGCGGGGCUGAUAUCACAAGUUCAACAAAGGAUGGACGUAAUCUGUUGCACAUUGCGUCAACUGCACGCCAAAGUAACUCUGUUGGGCUGAUUUUGGACCAUUGCGACUCUAAGAACCUGGUUUUGAUGCUCAAUGCACAAUCAGAAGAUGGGAGAACACCGUUGCAUGUGGCCUGCCGCUCUGGAAGAUUGGAGACAGUGAAUCUUCUCCUCGAAUACGGAGCAGAUGUCAACAUCGAGGACAAGCACAACCGUACCCCUCUAGACGCAUGCGCCGAGUCCAUCGCGGAAGACCAGCUUUGGCAGGGAAGUGACGACCAAGAAAACGUAAUGAACACGCGCUCCGCAGGAGGCGUUUUGGUAAAAGAUAAUAAUCGACCGACACAGCCUACAUCAAAUAUGGAAACGAAGCACCGCAACGGGAAAGGUUUGGGGUGGGAAGGAGAAAUCACAUCUGAAAGUUCGACAACCGGAAUUGGACAAAUCAUACGAGCUUUGGCAUCUCAUGGGGCUUUGGCAUAUGAAAAGAAGUCUGGUGCUGGUCCCAUGUACUAUGCAGUUGAGGAGGGAAAUGAGGAAAUGGCCGUGGAAUUGGACAGGUUGUCCCGAGAAAUGAGUUUUCCGAUGGAAAAUAACCGCCAUACCAAAACGGAAUACACUCUGCUGCGCUCUCAACACCUCCCAGACCUGCUCCGGAAGCAAUUCAAGGAGUAUGUUUCUGAACGUAAUGUGCUCCCAAUGGUCUUGCUCGGCCACCACGAGGAGGUCGUACAAGCUCUAGAAUCGAACGCAUCUGUUAUCGAUACUAAAUUCUCUAUGCCAGCGAUCAUGGCGUCGCUUGCAAGGUGGGGAUUUUCGGAGCUCUUUGGCCGGAUUGGCGAUACGAUGUCCGGCAAAUGGAUCAAUGGCGGCGAUACAAAUAUUUGGGGUAAAAAACUGACUCCGCAUCUUCUGAUGGCUGCUCAGCGAGACCUUCCCAAUCUGGACGUUAUUCGGGUCAUGGUCGAGAAAUUCAACGCGGAUGUGAAGAUCAAAUUUCAAGCAGAUAUGGCAGAUAAGCCUAGGGUGAUCUGCCGAACAAAGAUGACACUGGAGCGGCAUUACAAGCCGGGAGACACCAUCCUUCACCAACUAGCCCAUGGCACGCACUGGUGGUAUGGAGGGGCCAUCCGGUACCUCUUGGAACACGGGGCCGAUCCCAACGCCCAGAAUGACCAGGGAAAGACGCCUUUAUGCUAUGCAGUUUCACGAGGAGAGCUGGGGGGCUAUCGCCAGCUCGAAAUCACCAGAAUAUUGCUGGAGGGCGGCGCCGAUCCUAACCUCACUGCGACGUGUGGCUAUACCCCGUUGGCUAUGUCGGCGCAUGACACCCAGCUGUUCCAAUUAUUGAUUGAACACGGAGCAUAUCCAUCUCAGGAUCACCCCAUGGAACUCUUCGCUGCAUUGUCUAGUUUCAACAAAGACGUUGUCUCCGCUCUCUUAGGAAUGGACUUGGACUGCAAUAAGACGGUGUUAUCUGAUGCGCAGCCUCAUUGGCACACCCACCGUGUUAGAAAGGUUCCGGAAAUCCGCGGGGCCACCCUGAGCCCUCUUUUCUACAUCUCAAUGCUACCAUUCAACGAAGCCAACUGCCGCGAGCACGCCUGUAGGAUGAUUGAAUUCCUCCUAGAACGCGGUGCAGAUUACUUCCUGCCUUGCAGCGAUACCCAAGUCGUUCUACACGAGAUUUUUGCGAGCGGAGGAAUCGUCCAGCCUUGGCUAGAUAUGCCCAACCUUGACCUCGAACGACGGGACCCUACAGGAAAAACGCUACUAUUGGCAGCAGCCAGCAGUACAACUGGAACCCACUCGUAUGCCUGCUUGUGUUCGGCAUACCCGCUCCGAGGUGGAGAAAUUGCACUGGCGCCCUGGAAGGAGGGUGACCCCACGCGUGCAAUGGCCCUGUAUGAACGGGGAGCCGAUUUGAGGGCAGUCGAUUACGAAGGCAACAAUGUGUUGCAUUAUCUGGCCGACCUUGAUUGCUCUGACGAUCACUUUGCGUCGAUUGAGACUCAACGGACAUUAUCAUUGUUUGUAGACAAAGCACCGGAGUUGGUGCAGCAGACCAAUGUGCAUGGGCAGACACCUUGGGCGAUUGCAGCGGAGAAGAACUUCGUGGAGUUCAUGGAGAUUUUGCGCACAGAUCAUUUGCGCGCGGAAUGA